GUGAGUUGGAGAAGCAGCUCCGAAUCUCGACCUUUUUCCUUUCCUUUCUGGGUAUCAGUUGCUCCUUUUAUCCAAUGGAAGUGUUUGACAACUUCAUCCUCUCUGUGUGGUGUCAUAGCAAUCAGCAUUGCUUGCAAUCGAUCAAAGAGCAGCUGAGCGGUGCUAGGGAGUCAGCAUCGUUCCUUUUGGGUUUAAUCAGUGUCAUUGUUUGGGUUGUUGCUGAGAUACCUCAAAUAAUCACAAACUAUAGAACAAAGUCUACUGAGGGUCUCUCUCUCACUUUCUUGGUCACAUGGAUAAUUGGAGAUGUAUUCAACCUCCUUGGAUGCCUGCUGGAACCUGCAACUCUUCUUACUCAAUUAUACAUGGCAGUGCUCUAUACCAUUAUAACUCUUGCUCUUGGUUUACAAACCAUUUACUAUGGACAUAUAUAUCCUCAACUAAAAUACAGGAGACAGCUCAAGCAUUCUAAACAUGAGCAGGUUGAGACAUUCACAAAAACUGGACAAGGGGAAAAGGCUGCCGAUGCUGAACAGAGUAUUAAAUUUGAAAAUUCAAAUAGAUAUGUCAGUCCGAUUUCUCCUAUUCCUCUUCCAGCAUUUCCUCAAAGAAUUGGUACCGGAAGGGAAUUAUUCUACCGGUAA